AUGAAUAAUUUGGAGAUAGACGAGAAUAUCCUGGUUUCAUGUAGAGUGUGUUUGAAGAAGAAUAGAAAAAUGAAAGAUUUAUUUGAUGAAGCAAAAGAGAUUGUAAAUAAAAUAGAAUUCUGUACAGGAAUUUUGUUAAAAGACGAUUCGGAACUUCCAAAAAAUAUCUGCAACAUCUGCAUCAGAAACCUAACUGUUGCGCAUAAAUUUAAAACAAGAUGCAUUCUCUCCGAGAGAACUCUGCAGAACUUGUUAGAUGUGGAAAUAAAUAUCAAUAGCAAUAUAAAAGACUUGGAAAACUGCAAAAUAGAGCUCAAGACAGAGGAUUUAUAUGAAGAGGCAUCAAACUGUGGAUCGGUGAAUGGAAUAAAUAAUGUAAAAACUAUAAAAACCGAAUUGAAUGAAAACAAUUUACUGACAGUUGAAAGUGAAAGGGAGUCACCAAAAGCCAAAAAGACACCAAAUAAACGGGGUCCAUACAAAAAAGUUGGUCCCAAACGGCUCAAGAAGUUGAAAUUCAGGAAGCUGGCCUGCGAGCCGUGCGGACUGAAGUUUACUGAUAAAAGACAAUCUGAUGAUCACAAGUUACAACACAAAGAGGAACCAUGGAUAUGUGAGAUCUGCGGCAAGUCAUUCAGUCACAGGUCGUCGCUACAUUCACACGUUUCGUCCCACACUCGCAUGUUCUCGUGCGAACACUGCGACUACGGUACUGGGAAUAAGUUCGACCUCAUCAAACAUAUGCAGAUACAUUUAGGUCUAAAGCGUUUCAAAUGCUCCGAGUGUCCUGCAGUUUAUCGUACGUCGUCAUCAAUGAGGGAUCACGUUAAACGAACACACCUCCAGCUAAGACCUCACGCCUGUCAUCUCUGCGAUAGAACAUUCUAUGAUAGGACGAAGCUUAACAGACAUGUUGAUUCACAUUUUGAUUUGAAACGGUUCGAGUGUGACAUAUGCCAGGCAUGUUUUUCCCGGAGGUGGUAUUGGAAGAAACAUCUUGAGAAGCAGCAUGAUGUGGUCGUACCACCCAAGAGACCCGGCAGACAAAGAACUACAGAAUAUAGUAUAGAUAUAACAGAGAAUAUAAAAUAA